GUAAAUUGGGAUAUUCACAUUGUACAGAAACAGAGGUUAUUGAAUCUUUGGGAAUUAUUAUUUAUAAAGCAUUGGACUAUGGUUUGAAGGAGAAUGAAGAAAGGGAAUUAAGCCCUCCCCUGGAGCAGCUCAUCGAUCACAUGGCCAACACGGUGGAAGCUGAUGGUAGCAAUGAUGAGGGCUAUGAGGCUGCAGAAGAAGGCCUGGAAGAUGAAGAUGAUGAAAAGAGAAAAAUCUCAGCUAUCCGGUCAUAUAGAGAUGUCAUGAAGUUAUGUGCUGCCCAUCUCCCAACUGAAUCAGAGGCACCAAAUCAUUAUCAGGCAGUAUGUCGUGCACUUUUUGCAGAAACAAUGGAGCUGCACACCUUUCUGACUAAAAUUAAGAGUGCAAAGGAGAAUCUUAAGAAGAUUCAAGAAAUGGAAAAGAGUGAUGAAUCCCACACAGACCUGGAGGAGCUGAAAAAUGCUGACUGGGCUCGAUUCUGGGUACAGGUGAUGAGGGAUUUGCGGAAUGGAGUAAAACUUAAGAAGGUACAAGAGCGGCAGUACAACCCUUUGCCCAUUGAAUAUCAGCUUACCCCAUAUGAGAUGCUAAUGGAUGAUAUUAGAUCCAAAAGAUACACUUUGCGAAAAGUGAUGGUAAAUGGCGAUAUUCCUCCUCGGUUAAAAAAAAGUGCUCAUGAAAUCAUCCUGGACUUCAUCAGAUCAAGACCUCCUUUAAAUCCAGCCUCAGCCAGAAAACUGAAACCCACCCCACCACGGCCACGGAGCCUACAUGAAAGAAUAUUAGAAGAAAUCAAAGCAGAAAGGAAGCUGCGGCCUGUCUCACCAGAAGAGAUUAGACAUAGCAGAUUAGAUGUCACUACUCCUCAAUCUCCAAAGAACAUUGUGGAAGCAUCAAUGCUGAAUGGAGGUUUAACGUCACAAACGAAAGAGAAUGGGUUACGUGUGGCACAGCAGGUGCCAGCGCAGCGGAAGAAGCUUCUCAAAGCUCCAACUCUGGCUGAACUGGACAGCUCUGACUCCGAGGAAGAGACUCUGCACAAGUCAGCCAGCAGCAGCAGUAUGUCUCCCUCCUUCCUUGAAGACCCCUUACUGGAGGCUGUGUCCAUGAGGAAGACACCUCCAAAAUUCUUGCCUAUAUCAUCAACACCCCAGCCAGAGAGACGGCAGCCACCCCAAAGACGACAUUCCAUUGAAAAGGAAACACCUACUAAUGUGAGACAGUUUCUGCCACCAUCCAAGCAGAGUUCCCGAUCUCUUGUUCCUAGGAUAACCAGUGUAUGGCCAAGGACGCCUUUCCGACCACUUUUUUCUACCAUACAAACAGCUUCUCUGCUCAGCUCUCAUCCUUUUGAAGCAGCCAUGUUUGGGGUAGCAGGGGCUAUGUAUUAUCUAUGUGAGAGAGCUUUUACCAGCAGGUGGAAAUCCUCAAAGGAGGAAUUCUGCUAUCCAGUGGAAUGCCUAGCUCUAACUGUGGAGGAAGUGAUGCAUAUUCGUCAGGUCCUGGUGAAAGCAGAGCUGGAAAAAUACCAACAAUAUAAAGAUGUCUACACUGCCUUGAAAAAAGGAAAGCUUUGCUUUUGUUGCCGAACCAGGAGAUUUUCCUUCUUCACCUGGUCUUACACCUGUCAGUUCUGUAAGAGGCCGGUGUGCUCACAGUGUUGCAAAAAGAUGCGGCUGCCCUCCAAGCCAUACUCUACUCUUCCUAUUUUUUCAUUGGGACCUUCUGCCUUGCAAAGAGGAGAAAGUUGUAUGAGGCCAGAAAAACCCUCCACUGGCCACCAUCGACCACUUCGGAGCAUUGCCAGGUUCUCCUCAAAAUCUAAGUCUGUGGACAAACCAGAUGAAGAACUACAGUUUCCCAAAGAAUUAAUGGAGGACUGGAGUACUAUGGAGGUGUGUGUGGACUGCAAAAAGUUCAUUUCAGAAAUCAUCAGUUCUAGCCGGCGUAGCCUGGUGUUGGCCAACAAAAGAGCCCGGUUAAAAAGGAAAACACAGUCAUUCUACAUGUCCUCACCAGGCCCCUCGGAAUACUGCCCUUCAGAGAGGACUAUCAAUGAAAUCUGAGCUGUGUGCCUUUCAGUUGCUUUUGUGUUCAGAGUCGGCAUUAACACGGAGAACACUGAGCUGGACUGUCUCUCCUCGCUUGUGGUUUUUGUUAAUCGGCUCGAUUUGCAUUAGAUCAGGUUUUUGCUGCAUCACAUUGUUCCACAGACUGCUGCAUUCAUAUCAAUCGAUAAUACAUGACAGGUCAGCCAAUUGCUCGUUUGCACUGAGAGGACAAUAGUUUGAAACCUGCUUUUGUGUAUGUGUGUGGAUUUGGAGACCAGAAACUUUUCCUUAGUUCAGUUCCUUACUGUUCCUCAAAUGAUUUUCUGACUAAGGCAAAAAGCUUCUCAUGUGAGAAAUCAGCCUAACAAAGAUGUCGAUGUUAGCACAGUUCUAAGCAGUAAGUCAUAUUGGCACUUCCACCGGACAAUAUUUCUAUCUAAUGCAAGUAGUGAUCCAGAGCCCUGCCACCUACCAGAUACCUGGAGGCGGGGCCAGACUGCUCGUCGUCUCACAGCGCAAAACCUGGAAGGAUUUGCUCAUACUGUCAAACUGAUUUCAAAGUAUUGUUGCUCUGAGAUGAAAACUCUACGAGGGAUUUUAUGCCUGCGUUUUAGUGCGAAACAUCUGAAUAAGCUGUACACCCAAGUGGGUGACUAUUUCCUCUGAGCUGCUGUGUUUGCCCCUGUGCAGUGGAUCAGUGUCUCCUGAGUGGGUGACAGGUUUUCAUUCCCUAUCUUGCAUGUAUUAUGGUUACUUGUCAUUUUAUAAUGGAGAUCUAAGAAUUAAAGUUUUGUGAUAGUUUCUGGACAAAGGAAGGCUAAACAUUUGCCAAGAGCUGAGUGUAUUUCGGUUAACGACGAAAGGGUCACGACAGCAUAGGGUGCCAGCUGUUGGCCACACUGCAGGGAAUGCGCUGGCGUGCAUAUAUUUUCAACUACACUUUUCAUAACUUUAUGGUGUAGCCAUCAUGACUAAAUCAAGCCACCAUUUGGUACGUAAGGUCUCAAACUGAAAUUUAUUUAUUUUUAUAAAUGAAUUUUAAAAGAAAAAACAUUACCUACUUCUUUUAAAACUAAUAAUUAACCUGCUGAUAGGCUUUUUGGAUGCUUUUUGCACAAAUUUUCUUUGUAAACAACUUGAGUGAGUAGGAUAGGUUUAUGAUGAAGGUAGGUUGGAGGGUAUCAUUGUAAACCUGACAUUUCUCAGCUCAUUUGGCUUAUAUCAUGGGCUUUAUUAUUUUCAUAUGCUUAGAAAAUGACCAACCAAUCAAAUUGCCAUUAAUGUUUGGAAAGUCAGUUAACGCACAUGCACAAUAAUCUCCUAAAAGCUAUAGAACACAUCUGUAGUCGACCCUAUGACAGCAUUGUUUGAUAAAAGGCAUGCCAGUUGCAUUUCAUAACACAUCAAAAUAUGGUAACAUUUCUAUAUAAAUUAACAGUAAUACCUCAAAACUGCUCUGGUAGUAGUUUUUUAAUGGAUUGAAAUUUAAAAUUUAGUAAAUGUCCUAAAAUUACUUAUGAAAUAAACUUUACCAAUUGACUAAAAUAAUGCAUGUUAACAGUUUGUAUUUGCAUGUGAAAGUAGGCCACCAGAGAACCCUUAUUUCGUAUGCAAAUGUUUAAAUUAUUUUAAAGACUCUUGUUUAAGAGCUUUAAACAUUACAUUGGGUGUAUCUCAGUUUUAAAGUUUUCUAGGGCACUGUUUGAACUCUUAUGGUGUGGAGCCACACCCUCCGAAAGCCUGGGCUUAAUCCUGCAAACGACUACCAGGAAGGGUGCAAGGCAGAGGGAGUGUUAUCUGUAGAUGUAUAUUGAUAUGACCUAGGAGAGUGUGCUUUUUAAAAUAAUGACUUGUUUACCAUUGUUAUUAAAAUGUGAGAAACUAAACCCCCAAAAUGAGAAUUUUAUUUACGCUCACAAGGUAAAUAUCUAGCACAUUUCAGUCUUUGGUGUCACUUCUUUAUAAAGACUGAUUUGAGCAUUAUGAUCACCUCUCACCAGAGCAUUAGAAUGUAAAUUCUUCAACAGCAUUAAUGAGGUUUGCCAAGUGCGUUAAAGAGGUCACAUGUAUGGUGUGUCUGCAUGAGAUCCUGUGCAGAAAGUAGUGUAAGAAAAGGGCAUAUGACACAGUUAAAUUUAUAGACAUUCGAUUAGCAUCACUUUUUGUUGCCAAAACAAUUUCUUGCAUUUAACCCGUUCUUAUCCAUGACAUGUACCCAGCACUUCAGCUAAAUUAGGUAAUUUCCAGAGGGUAGUUCACUAACAGCUUGUGGAGUGUAGUCUUACCAUCUUUAGCCUAGUCUGACCUUAGGCCUAUCUUCCUUUUCAUACUACUAAAAUAGCAUACCUUUACAGUAUUCUUCUUUGUCCUGGUUUCCAGCUAUUUGGCAUUACUUCUGAUAGCUGGUAUCAGUUGGAACCUGAUGUGUCUUAGAACUUGUGUGCACACUGAGCAGUCCUCCCUGUGUGAAUCCUCUCUCAGCUCAAGCUUUCCUUCUGUCCCAUACCUCCUGAGGUCACCCUGUUGGGGGAUCUUUGUUUCCUUCCCCGUGACUUAACUUCCGGUCAGUGUCAGAGUAGCUAAGAAUGCUUGUAAAUACUGUAAUAUAUUUAUUAAUAUUUAAAAUGCAUUCAUUCAGUGGACAAUUUAAAUUAACUCUUCCAAGACAAGUAAAAAUUAAAUAAUUGAUAAGUACAUCGACUUAACAGUCUUACUAGAUAGAGUUCAAGUCUUAAGUCUUUCAAAUUAAACAAGAAGGUUGUUAUGUAGGAGUUUUUAAAUGAUCUUACAUUUGAGAUUAUGUGAUUAGCACCGUGCACUCAUACCAUGAAUUUCUUAAGGCUUUUAGUUUUCUAACCAUAUUAAUAAAUAUAGGACUGGAUUUCAGGUGUCACAGAGGAGACAUCUGAAAGUUUUAAAUUAUGUUGCUAUUUGCUAAAGCAAAUUUUUGCUAAAGCAAAGUAGCAGAAAAUUUUGUACAUGUAAAACUGUUGAAGAGCCAUAGAGAAAUGUUCAUACUCACUGGACUUGUAUGAAAGUCAAGUUGGUAUUGGUAUUCAGGGUGACAUGACAGUACUAAAUGUUUUCCAUUAAAAUCUUUUAUUUUAAAAUUUAUCUAGGGAAAAAUAAAACACCUUUGCAUCAUA